AUGUCGCCCACUCCGCUGCGGCAGCCCGAGCCGCCCUCUCAAGAACUUCUACAGCGAUGGUUUCAGACGCAAUCCCGCCUCCUCGCGGACGAACGCACAGAAGAACAGUCCCAAUCAAAGCUGCUCCUCUCCAAAACGGCGCCCAAGAUCCUCGAGAAGCACGGCCUAGCACUGCUCGGUCUGUGUGUCGCCUCGAUACGCAUCGGUGUAGGAGCCAAGCUGCUGGUGGAGCUCGAACGGCCGUCUGCGCACCAUGCAAGUCCCAACUUCCCACCCCACUCGUUCCGCUCGGGCGAUCUGGCGGCGAUCCUCGACAACAGCGCGGACCCGUCCGCCACGAACGAAGGAGGUUUGGUGCAGGGCGUGGUGUUCCGGACGAGUGAGACGCGGAUCGUGCUCGCGAUCAGUGAUGGGAAAGGCAAGUCGAGAGAAAAGGCAGAGGGGCAGGACAAGCGCGAUGCGAGGACAGGCGAGAACGCCAAGGUCUCAGGAGGCGAGCUGGAGCUGCCCGAGAGGAUACGUCUGGUCAAGGUGGCGAAUGAGACCACAUUCGAUCGCAUGGAGCUGACGCUCGCGAAGCUGGCAAAGUCGCUGGGAGUUCCCCUGACUGCUUCGUCGACCGCAAAGGGUGAUACUUCAGACGAAGACGAGACGCCGCAAACCUCCGCCUCAACGACGGCAACAAGCCUCACACGCAGCCUCUUCGGCCUCACUCCGCCUGCAUGGCGCAACAUUGACCUGCCACUACCACCAUUCAACCCGAAGCUGAACGACACCCAGCUGUCCGCAAUCCAACGUGCCCUGUCAGCAAACCACUUCUCGCUCAUCCACGGUCCGCCCGGUACCGGCAAAACGACGGCCAUCGUCGAGCUCAUCAUGCAGAUCGUUGCAUCCAACCUUGGAGCCGUCGAUUCCAAUCCCGUUCGAGUCCUCGUCUGUGGCGCAUCCAACCUGGCCGUGGACAACAUCCUCGAGCGACUCGUUGGGGCGCCGGAGCAUCGCGAAGUGUUCAAGAAAAAAUCUGUUGGCGUCACGCGGCUCGGCCAUCCCGCCCGGGUCGUCGCAUCUCUCCAAGGCGCCACACUCGACGCUCAAUGUGCGCAAUCAUCCGAAGCGCAGCUCGUCAAAGACAUCAGCCGCGAGAUCGAGGACAUCAUGUCGGAGCUCAAACCGCCGCCGCCAGGCGGGAACAGAUCGACUAAAGGCAAACCCAAAAUUCGCGGAUCGGACCGGAGGAAACGGUGGGAAGAGGUGCGCGAGCUGCGCAAGGAGUAUCGGCGACGCGACAGGCAGGUGCAGCGGAGCGUGCUGGAUAGGGCGCAGAUCGUGUUGACGACGUGUCAUGGGGCGGGCGGGAGACAGUUGGCGGGAAGGGAGUUCGAUUGGGUGGUGAUCGAUGAGGCGUGCCAGGCGUUGGAGGUGGCGUGCUGGAUUGCGGUGUUGAAGGCGAGGGAGGGUGGGAGGUUGGUGUUGGCGGGAGAUCAUUUGCAGCUGCCGCCUACGGUCAAGUCGACCGUCAGCGCACCGCGUGGAAAGGGUAAGGGAAAAGGGAGGAGCAAGUCAAAUGGCGCGGGCAAGCACGGCGACAAAGCGGGCAAGGACGCCGCUCAAACCACCUCACAGGCAGACACCACAACGGACGAUGUUGUCGGUGAUGCAAAGACGGACGACACCGACGACGACGCCGACGAAACAGACCUCGCCUCGAAAUUCUCUACCGCCACCCUCUCCACCGCCCCAAGGACCCGCCUCCGACCCCCCCGCUCGCUCGAAACAACCCUCUUCUCGCGACAACUCGGCCUCUACGGACCGGGCAUCAAAUCUCUUCUCUCGAUCCAGUACCGCAUGUCUACACCGAUCAUGUCCUUCCCCAACGCCGAGCUGUAUGAGUCUCAGCUCGUUGCGCAUACCUCUUGCGCCUCGAUCCGUCUCAGCGACCUGGCCAGUGUCUCACGGCAUCUCUCUUCCCCACCAACGGAGGACGAGGAGGAGCUGUUGGCGCCCGUGGUGCUGUACGACACGUCCGGGUGUGAGUUCUACGAGACCACUCCCUCAGCCGAAGAAGGGGCCCUGUUGGCCGACUCGAAAUCCAACGUGCACGAGGCGGAUCUGGUCGUACGUCACCUCGAAGAGCUGUUUAGCAAAGGCGUGGCGCCGGGGCAGGUGACGAUCCUAACUCCCUACUCGGCGCAAGUUGCGUUGCUGCACGCCACCGUCCGGAGCCAUCGCUUCACCAUCCCUGCCGCGAGUGGUAAGGGCGAGGAGGUGGUCAACGCGGACGAGAUCGAACUGGGAACCAUCGACUCGAUGCAAGGUCGUGAGAAGGACGUGGUCAUUAUCAGCCUCGUCAGGAGCAAUGCCGAGGGAGAAGUCGGAUUCUUGGCCCAAAAGAAGCGAUUGAAUGUCGCCAUGACUCGAGCGAAACGCCAGCUCGUCGUGAUUGGCGAUGCGGAAACCGUCGGCAACGCAAAGGAUCUCCCGGACGACUUUUUGAAGAACUACAUGGACUGGUUGGACGAGAAUGCGGUCGUUCAUCCCGUCGUCGCUACACUGUAA